AUGGCGACCAUGAAGGAAGAGAGGGCCGAACGCCGCCUGGAGAAAGUCAUGUUCGACGACAUUGGUCUUCCCGAUGACUCGGAUUGCCUUCUGGAAGCCUUCGAAGGCAACGACAGGACUGCCAAUAUCCUGCGACAUCGCUACCAAAAGAAGGGCCUGGGCAAGGCUCUCUCUUCUCCGGCGCCAGUGCCUGCGCCCGCCCCCGUGCCCUUCAAGCCCGUUGAAACCGCACCGCUGAAGCCGCUGCUGCCGUCCAUUGUCUCCAACUCGAACAAGACGGAGAGGCCCAGCUGGGCUGACAUGUCUACAGACAGUGAGGAUGAGGACCUGAGCAGCUCCCAGAGCCUGUGCACCGGUGUGGCGGGAGAGAGCUGGUCCUCGCGGGCAUCCGCUCCAGCAGAAGCGAGCCCUGCUCCCAGUGGAGGCCUCCCAUGGAACCCGCUCGACUUGGAGUCUUUCGAGACGAAGGAGGAGCAGGCCUUGGACACCGACCGUUCCACUGGUGACAGCUUCUCGUGGGCCAAGGUGUGGGAGAAGAUGAACUCGGGGAAGUCGGAGUGUUCAAGCCCUGUAUCGUCCAUUUCUGCACAGGAGAUGGCUGUUGGAUAUCAACCGCAACCGCAGCAGAUGAUGAUCGUGCAGCCGGCAGAGACCAGGGGUCCAGGACUCCCUGUGAAUGGCCUUGUCCAACCAAUGGCACAGCCCUCCCUGAUGGGUGGGCAGGUGCAGAUUGUCCAGCCGGUACAGCCGGUACAGCCAGUUCAGCCACUGCAGCCGAUGGUGAUGAUGAUCCCUGCGACGACUGUGCAGUUUUCUCAGGGUUACUACAACACGCCCGAGAUCUGUCAGCCUGCUCACGCUUUCCAUCCCAAAGCUGCUCAGCUUGGGCACCUCUCUUCCGAAUGCAGAACCUUUACGAAGACCAAGAGCAAGGGCCGCCUGUCCAUCGUCUCCGAGAACAGGCUGCACCAGUCGGGAGUGGAGCGCUACUGUCUGCGCUUCACCGACGGCGAGCUCAGCAACGCUGACGGCGUGGGCAUCGUCUUCUCCUCGCAGCUGCCCUGCCCGCAGAACAUUCAGAAGAUUGUUUCCGUCUUCGCCAACAGGACGGGUCGCAUCUGCAUGCGAGCGGAUGCGGACGUGGAAAGGUCGCAUGUGAGCAUCAAAGCGCUGGAGCUGGGAGAUUGGCUGGAGGUCACCUGUGACUUCGACCGGCGCCAGGUCACCUUCACCGUUUGGCCCAGGGACGGGGGCGAUGCCUCGACCGCCACGGUGGACUUCUCCGGUGGAGCGGAAAGGUUUCGGCGCUUGAGUGCCAAGAUUCCGCAGUGUGCCAGCGGAUACUUGGCAGUCGUCAUGAAGCAUCCGGGACUGAGCGUCUCUUUUGAUUGA